AUGGAGUGGAAUCAAGAAAAGUGGAGGGCUUUUGGGCCAUUGUUUACAAUUAUAUGUAGCUUUUUGUUGGCUUCAAUUUUUGUUUCUGCCGAAAGAAGCUCGAAGACAGAAUCUUCAUCAAAUGAUUCAAAUUCAGAUUCACAAUUAUUUACAGCUUUCACGAAUUUCUUAUGGCAAGCAAAUAAAUCAGGCUACCAGCAUGUUUGGCCGGAUCUGGAAUUUGGAUGGAAAAUUAUCGUUGGGAGCAUCAUUGGAUUUUGUGGAGCAGCCUUCGGGAGUGUAGGUGGCGUUGGUGGCGGAGGCAUAUUCGUCCCUAUGCUCACCCUGAUUAUUGGAUUCGAUCCAAAAUCAGCAACUGCUAUAUCAAAAUGUAUGAUUAUGGGAGCUUCCGUCUCGACUGUUUACUACAAUCUUAAGCUCAGGCAUCCCACAAUUGACAUGCCCAUUAUUGACUACGACUUGGUUGUUCUCAUCCAACCAAUGCUUAUGCUAGGCAUUAGUAUUGGAGUUGCUUUCAAUGUGAUAUUUCCCGAUUGGAUAAUUACUGUUCUUUUAAUCAUUCUCUUCAUAGGCACAUCGACCAAGGCCUUUAUGAGAGGCGUCGAGACAUGGAAGAAAGAAACUAUCAUGAAAAAGGAGGCUGCAAAGAGGUCGAAGGUAAAAGGCAAUGAUACAGAAGAAGCAGAAUACAAGCUUCUUCCUGGCGGCCCCAGCAAUGGCACGGAAAAGGAGGCCAAAGACUUGGCUGAACCUGAGGUCUCUAUUCUUGAAAAUGUUUAUUGGAAGGAAUUUUGGCUUGUUGUUUUUGUUUGGAUUGCAUUUCUUGUGCUGCAGAUCACGAAGAACUAUACGACUACUUGUACGGCAUUAUACUGGGUGGUGAACUUGCUGCAGAUCCCCGUCUCUCUUGGCGUAUCUGGUUAUGAAGCAAUCAGCCUUUACAAGGGAUGGAGAAAAAUUGCGUCCAAGGGUGACUCCGGAACCAACUUGCAAGUGCAUCAACUGAUUACCUAUUGCUUCUUCGGCGUAGUGGCUGGUUUGGUAGGUGGGCUUCUUGGUCUAGGAGGUGGAUUUAUAAUGGGUCCACUGUUUUUGGAGUUAGGAAUCCCUCCUCAGGUUUCAAGUGCCACAGCCACCUUUGCCAUGAUGUUCUCCUCAUCAAUGUCAGUCAUAGAAUAUUACCUCUUGAAACGGUUUCCAGUUCCUUAUGCGCUUUACUUGGUUGCUGUUGCAACUGUUGCUGCUUUUGUCGGGCAACAUGUUGUGAGAAAGGCGAUUAUUCUGAUGGGAAGGGCAUCCAUAAUCAUCUUUAUUUUAGCAUCCACAAUCUUUAUCAGUGCAAUCUCUCUAGGUGGAGUCGGGAUUUCAAAUAUGAUUGGAAAGAUUGAGCGACAUGAAUACAUGGGAUUCGAGAACCUCUGCAAGUAUGACGCCUAG